AUGGUAGCGGAGCUGGCUACGUCCAGCUCCCGCUGGGCGCCCCACCCGCAGCUAGGUGCGUUGGCCAUUGCCCUCGCGGCCGCGGUCGGCCAGCCAGGGCAAGCCAUCCACGGCAACCAGCUGACCAAGCAGCUGGACGAGGUCUACGUGACCAAGCAGCUAGACGGGGACUACGUGACCACAGGAGUGCAAGACGAGGCCUACGUGACCACCAGAGCACAUGACGAGGUCUACGUGAACACCAGAGAGCAGGACGAGGUCUACGUGACCACCAAAGAGCAGGACGAGAUCUACGUGACCACAAACGUGCAGGACGAGGUCUACGUGACCAUGACGACGGCCCAGGCGCUGAAUAUUCUGGAGGCGGCCGAGCAGCGAGGAUAUCCAGACAUCAGCAUAGCGGAGACCUUACAUCGGUUGGGGGCCGAGGGGGCUUCGGCAACGAAGAAGCUGAUCUUUGUGCUUGUCAUGACAGUGAAGGGCAGCGCGCAGAUGCCAAUCAGGAGUGUGGAGGACCAGAACGGAGCGCUGGCGUGGCGAGCCUUGAUCAAGCGCUACGAGCCAGCGACGGCCAUGAGGGUGCGGGGUAUCACGACGGCGAUUAUCAACGUCAAGCCUUUCCCUUCGGAUUUGGCGGGGUUCGAGCAGCAUCGCGCAGACUGGGUGCGCGACAUCAGGCGCUACGAGACGGCGCCAGGGGAGGUGUUCAACGCAGGAACCGAGAAGAGCAUCUACCCACAGAAGGCGCCUAAGAACAUCAGGGCGGCACUGCAGAUGCAGAGCGAGAGGAGCUACGAUGAGCUGAUCAGCACCACGAUGCAGCACUUGCAAGCGGCGACGGUGCACGAGGACGGGCGCCAGCAGAAGUGGCCAAGCCCGCCAGGACCAGGAGCAGCAGGCGGCUGA